AUGACAGAAAUUGACCAAGUUAUAGAAUCAAUCAGUGCUGACCUAAUAACUCCAUUGAUGAAUGGAAUUCAUUUGGACCCAAAAUUCCAAAUGCCCAUAGAUAAGCUAAGCACUGUUAUCUCAAUGAUUCAAAAAUGCUAUGACGACUAUAAGAAUGGACCAAUUUUUUAUGAGGUUUACAAUGAAAGUUUGCAGCUUUAUGCUAAAAAUCUGUUUCUAGCUGAACUAAAAGAUGACAACGUUGACACAUUUUUAGAUAAAUUUCUUGAGGAGUGGGAAAAAUACAAGGCUUUUGUGUAUUGAAUGAAAAAAGGGUUCUGCUAUGUCGACAGACGAUACUCAAACCGCUUUAAGCUUCAUUCAUUAGGGAAAAUAGGUUUAGAGACAUUUAAAUCAGAGAUUUUUAAAAAGAUUGAGGCAAAGCUAAAAGAUUGCCUUAUUCAAUGAAUUAUUGCUAUCCGAGAAAAUAAUUUAACUGAUACUUCUAGAGCUAAAAAUGGGAUCAGUGUCUUUCUCGAUACAUUUAAAGAUAACGCAGAUAUUAUAAAAAAUGAAAAUAGGGAUAUUAUAUGGACUGGAGACCAAAAUGAUUUAAAUGCUUACCAAAAUAAUGUUGAAGAUCCUAUAAUUCAUUAUUUGAAGCAUAGCUAUCGAGAAUCUGGCAAAGAUUUAUCGCAAUCUUUACUUACGGGAGAGGUCUUCGCACAACUUCAAGCUAUUUUCACCUAUGAAGAAAACAUGUGAAAAGAAUUAUUACUCCCAUCAUCUUUAGAAAAAAUCAAAAAAGCAAUAAUCCAAGCAGUUGUGGACUCUUUUAAAGAUGUUUGUGUAGAAUCUGGAUCAUCUAUACUAGAAAGUCUAUAUGAAGAAAGCCGAUGGGAGAUUUUAAAGAACGAUUUCGAGGUAUACUCGUCUUCUCCAGACCUUAAGAAAAUGAUUCAAAUUCAAUUUGAAACAUAUGUCGAAUCAAAGCUAAUAAGUCUCAGUUUAAUUGAUUGGAAAGAAACUGGGGAUCUGAUAGAUUCUAUCAGGAUAAAUAAGAUGGCUUUCGCUUCAAGUGAAAUUAGCUCCGCUAAUUUUCUCUCUCUCAAACAAUUUUAUUUAUGGGGUUGGGUUUUACCUCGAGAACUUCUGCACAGCAACGGUUUUUUAACUUUGAGGAUAACCAAAGGAACUGCUCCUCAGUGCGAUCAAGAGGCUCAGGUCUUUAUCCCUCAACACACCCGAAGGAGGUGGACCCUUAGGGGAACACGCGCAGGAGCUGAGUCUGGAUAAAGCCGUGGCGAAGCGAAAUCCGUCGAAGCUGGAAUGCCAUACUUACCCGUGCCUUGGCGAAUCGAAGUGGGUCGAUCCAGAAGUCAAUGGGCCGACACGUAGAUAAAUAUGGUGCAGCUCUGGACAAGGCUACCCCGUAGUGGACGUAAAACGGUAUAAAUAAUUAAGAUUAAAGAUAGAUUCUAUCAGACAGUUUAAAGAGCACUUGGAUAAAAUAGUGUCAGCUUGCUAUGGAAAUGACCAAUCCUUUUCAAAAUCUUGUGAAGCUAUUAUUAGAAAAUGCAUCAAUACGAUACCAGAUAUUGCAUUUAUUGUUGCGAAAUACUGUGAUAAAUCGAUGAGUAAAGAUGCUAAUAGAUUGGAGCAUGAAGAACUGCAGAUUUUUUUGAGUGAUCUCAUUAGCUUGAUUUCUUAUUUAAAAGAGCAAGAUUUGUUUGUUGCUAAUUAUUCUAAAUUUUUAGGAAAAAGAUUGUUAGAAGAUGCAUUUUUUGAGGACAGCGAAAGAUCUUUUAUUCAGAUGUUGGCUACUGAAUGUGGGAGCUCGUUAGUCGCUAAAUUGAGUGCUAUGAUUAAAGAUAUAACAUCGUCAAGAAUAUCUCAAAAUGAAUAUAUUUCUCAGUCAAGAUCAAAGUAAAUUAAAUUAAGAGUCUUUAAGUCUUCCAAAUGCCUUCGAACGCAUUCGACAACACUAACCCGCUUGCCAAUGAAAUAUUCAGCCGCUAUUUGGAGCAGUGAUCUUCUUUAGAAGUAAGGCUUACACGGUGAUUCCCAAACGUCUUGACGGGCUAAGAAGACGCCUUGUCAGUGUGCGAUCGGAUGCUAUGGAGGCAAAGUUUAGCCCAAUGCCUAAAAUCAGCCACCUUGAGGAAGGGAGACACAAAAAAAAAACUUCAGUCCGUCUUAGAGCCAAUAGGGAAAGAACCUGUUGCCCAAAAAUUAUCCGAAUAACUAAUACCUCUGGGAAUGGCCACCACGCUUGCCCACCCAAUAUUGCUGCUCUAGGCAAGCUAGAGUUAGAAUUAAAGGGCAUGAACCUUGGUUCAGGAUAUAGAACGCCUUUUGCGUCUAAAGUGGUAGUCAUCGGCAAGGAUAUUUUUUUCCUGCCGCCAUAUUGCUAUUUCGUCAUCAUCAAAGGGAGCUCCCAAAGGAAUUGAAAUAUAUGUAAGGCUUUUAAAAGAAGGAACUUGGCCAGAACAGAAGAUUGAGGAAUUUCAAAUUCCUUAUGAGCUUGGUGUUGCUGUGGCAGAUUAUUUAUCAUUUUAUCAUCAGCGUCAUGUAGGGAGAAAGCUAUCAUGGCUUCAUCAUUUAGGAAGUGUCGAAGUCCGAUUACUAGGAUAUUCAUCUGGUUAUGUUUUAACAGUCAAUACAUUUCAAUGUUCCAUUCUUUUGCUAUUCAACCAAUUCAGCGAAUUAGCAGUUAAAGACAUAAGACAAAAAACAGACUUAUCAAUAAAAAAUCUAAAGAAAAAUUUGAUAAUGUUUUUUAAUCCAAAAUACCCACUUUUCUUGAAAGAGAGCUCUGGUAAAACUCUGAAUGAUAAUGAAAUCAUAAGGAUAAACCCAAAUUUUUCAUACAGUCUUUUCAUGAUAAACUAUAUGCCAAAAGUAAAGAUCGCAAAGCAAGCAGGACAAGCAAUAAAUCCAGAUACUAAUGAGAUUCAGAAUGAGAGGCGGUAUCUAUUGGAGUCAAUAAUUAUCAAAGUUGCAAAAUCAGCUAUAGGGCCUUCCUAUAGAUAGCGUGCAAUGCGCCAUCACUGGGCCAUGUCGGGAGAGGGUUCCACACGAGGAAUAGUUCUACGUAUGGAACCCUCUUUUUGGCUCGUGGAAAGUAGUUUUCUCACAGGUCAAAAAGAGGGUUCCACACGUAGAACCAUUCCUCGUGUGGAACCCUCUCCCGACAUGGCUCGGUGAUGGCGCAUUGCGCGCCAUCUAUAGGAAGGCCCUAUAAAAGAAUUUCGCAUAUAGCUUUAAUCGAAAGAGUAAUAAAUGAAAUAAAAACUUUUACCCCUCAGAGCUCAAAUAUUAAAGAAAGAAUUGAGGAUUUAAUAUUUAGAGGGUUGCUUGAAAGAGAUAAGUUGGAUUCAAAUUGCUAUCUCUAUAUUGCUGAGCAGUAA